GAGGACUCGGCCAGAGUGUCCCCGGGGUUGCUAUGGAGACCGUACCCCCGCCGGGAGCGGAAGUGACGUAACGGAAAGAAGCGGCGGGCGCGGCCAUGGCGGACCCGUCGCUGCUCUCGGCCGAGCUGGAGGCGGACGAGGAGGAGGAGGCGGCGCUGCGGCGGCUGCUCCUGCAGGUGACCCCGGACCGAGAGGACGCCCCGCGGCCCGGCCCCGCCCGCGCCGUCACCCCGCAGCCGGGGCUGUGCGUGAAGACCCGCGCCGGGGAGGACAAAGUGUUCGUCAACGUUUGUCACUCGCCCGAGGUGCCGCCGCCCCCGCCCGUGUCCCCCCCGGGGCUCCAGAGGCUCCUGCGGGAGCCCCCCGGCCCCGACGGCGGAUUCCGGAUCCCCAUGAGCUUCGGGGAGCCCCACGCCGAGCUCGACCGAGCGGGCCGGGGCUGCACCGCGUACGACGUGGUGGUGAACUCGGGGUUCUUCAGGACGCUCCAGGCCGAUCCUCUGUACCUCGAGUUCUUCCUGACCGUGGCCAUGGAGGGGCUGUCGGAGAAGUACGGGGUGGAACUGGAGCUCACUGGCUGGCGGGUCCUGCGGAAUCGGAAAUUCCUGGGCUCCAUCUCGGCACAAAACAUCCGGGCCCGGCCCCGGCCCCACAUCCAGGAGCUCCCAGGCCCCCCAGAACCCCCCCAGUUCGUGGUGGUGGCUGAGCCCUCGGCCCAGGACCCGCAGGUGCUGCAGGCCCGCGUGCACCUGCCCCAGGUGGACGGGGCGGGGUCUCUGUGGCUCGGCCUGAGCGAGGAGCGGCUGCUGCUGUCCCGCCCGCCGCCGGGGGGCGCUGCCGCGGAGCGCGGGCCGGGUCCUCCCGCCCGCCAGGGGGCGCUGCUGGAGCUGGGGCUGCCCUUUCCCGCCGACCCCGCGCGGUGCCGCGCGCGCUUCCACCGCCGCUCCAAGGUUCUCACCGUGACGAUGCCGCUGCGGGCCUGAGGGACCGGGGACCCCUCCCCACACCGGGGACCCCUCCCCACGCACCGCGGGACCCCCGAGAGCUCCCAGGAUGGCUCUGAGCCCUCCCCAGGAUCGCCCCGGACCCUCCCGAGUAGCCCGGCCUGGGCCCGGCCUGGACUCUGCCUCAGGGACCCCCUUCAGGACCCUCUGACCACUUUGGGGUCUGCCCACGACCCUCCUGGACCCCCCAGGACCCUCCUGGACCCUCCU